AUGGGUCAAUUCCAGGAUAUUCCGAAUUUUGUCGUGAGCGAAUUACGAUCUUCAUCAGAAAUUGUCAAUCUUUUUUUAACAGAUGAUCGUCAAACACUCAAUGUCUUAAGGUGCUAUGGAGUCGAGCAGUACUCAUGGGAUGGCUCAUGGGAUGGUGAUGCUAGUCCCAAAUUGACUGGACGAUUUAGAUUUGGUAAUAAAAUCGUGGCUGCUCGUGCCAUGAGGAAUAGGAUUUCUGGAAAAUUUCAUUAUUUGGUGCUUUUGGAAGAAGCAGAUGCUAUUAUUGUUCAAAUUCGGAAUGAUCUAUUCGAACUGGAAGACGAAGUUGAAUUUAAAUCAAAAUUCGGAAAGCCAGAUCGCGUUUUGUCGGAAAUCAUUUGCUAUGACGAACGAUUCAAUCGCCAUUUCAUGUGUGUGGAAGACGGGCGCGUCGUCAAAAUCAAUCUCGACACCACAACCACGAUUAGGUUCAAUCCAAAGGCGCCCUUCAGCGUUGUGUUUGAAACAUGCCAUGAGAUUGUCAAUUUUGAAGUAUGCUGGCAUAUGGACAAUAGUCUGGGCGAAUGCAUGAGCAUGGCUAUAAUAACGCGACAUCGGACAAAUACUCAUUAUCGUAUCAAUUUCAUACAGGAACUGAAUCCUGCAACAGACAAGUGGAGGGUCGCAGGUGGCGAAGAGAUGCAUUUAGACUUGGGUCAAGGCAGCUGGGAUUCGCCAAAAAUUCUAGGUUUAUCCUCAUGCGGAUACCUCUUCAUUUCGCCUGUCAAAGUAGGAUUUUUAGGCUUAGAAGACGCAGGAGAUGGUUUUGGAUUAAAGGUUACGAAAUGGCGGGAAUCUAGUGGACCAUGCAUUUUCGAACAAAAUCCCAAUCUCCAAAUUUUGGGGAAUCCUAUUGUUACUAAGUCGCAAGAGGAGACGUUAAUGCACAUUUUCACCAAUUACGGCCAUAUAUUCAGUUCUUCGCUAGGAAACUUGAUUUUGAAAUUGAAUGAUGACUCCCGAUCUUUUGACGUGGGAUUUGUGUCUCCCAACGUCAAUAAAUUUGGACCCAAAGCAAUCCAGUUUGUAGAUUAUGCUUUCCCACUACAGAACAAUUUAGUUAUUCUAACCACUCUAACGAGUGGAAUGGUUUUGUUGAAUUUGGAUUCGAAGCUCACACGCACUUUGUUGCCCUUCGAAAAAUUUUCGAUUUUUGACUCUACGACAGUAGGUGUGGACUCUGCUAGUCGAAAGCUCGUGCUAUGCGGGGGCUCUCACGCAAAUCGAGGUUUUCUAGAGGUCACUCAACUGGAAUUUAGGGGCAAAGUCCACGUUAAACGCAUUCGAAGACUCGAGACAGGUGGGGCGAGGAUUUGCCAUGCAUGGUUUAGGGAUAACAGUAUUUUUUGGACCGACGAUAACGCGCAUCUCUUUAAAGAUGAGAUGCUUGUUGACGCUGCUGGUAGAGAAACGAUUUUCGUUACUGCUGGAAGGACCAUCAUUCACACAGACGAAAAAAUCGCUUAUGCACAGAUACAUGCCUUUCACGGAGAAAGCUUUGUAUAUGCCACUGAUAAAGGACAAAUCUGCUGGACAGACGAUUUAAAAUCUUUGUGGGUUCCUGGUUUCAAGAAAAAUGAAGAAGCCAUCUAUACUAUAUCUGCAUCGAUAUUGAAAUCCAAUUCAAUACUUACUGUGUUAGCAUGGAGGUCUCAUUGCGUAUGGGUAACCGGAUCUAAACUUACAAUGUCCAAGGUUAACAAGAUUGAAGAGAUAGCCGACUGUCUAGUUAAAAGAGGAGCGAGUUUCGAGGGUGUUGUAUUUACUGGGAAAGCUGGAGAAUUCUUGACGUACAGUACCGAAGGAACAAUGCUUCACUUUCUCAAUCUUUGCAAUCAUCCACUCCGAGUUGUGGAUAUUCCUGGCUCCGACUUUGUAAUAACUUAUUGCAAAGAAGUUGCUUUUCUUCUUAAGCUUGUAAGCAACACAGGCGUUGGCCUUGCGGAACUAUCGAUUCCCUUUGCUGUACGACAUUUGUGCCAUCGCGGAGUGACAACUUUCCAUGCAAUAUCUUUCGAUAAUGAUGUGUUUGAGAUUGAUUUGAGGGAGCUACUCCUAGACGAUAUGCGAAUAACGAGCAAGAAAAUUGUAUGCCGUACUCAUUCCUUAACUGAUGUAAUAUCCUUCGAAUCUUCUCGAAGAUACAUCCUUGCGUUGGCGCUUGCAAGCAAUUUUGAUAACAAAACAAAUAGAACCAUAACCAACACCCAGAUCCAUUGCUAUGACAUUAUCAAAGGAGAAUUAGUAUCAAGCUGCGAUAUAUCUAAGGAUUUUCCACAGGCUCUUGUUUCUAGCAUUACAAAAGUCCCUGUCCAAAAGAUGUUAUUGAGUGCCCAGUAUAUCGACAACGAAACCUCUUACGCGAAACAAUUGAUCCUAGGUAGGUGUUUCUUGCUUUCGCUAAAUUAUGAAUUAGCGGAUGAUGAAAGACUAGACAAUUUAUUGCUGUUUACGCUUGAUGACCUUAAUGGUGAAAUUGAGUUGCAACUGACGUUUAAUACUCAAUUCUCGGUGACCUGUUUGUCCGGCUACUAUAACCGGAUUAUCUUUGCAUCCGGAGAAAGGCUACAGGCAUUCCAAUUAGACUACUCUGUCAAAGAAAACGAGUUUAGACUUUUGCCUGUGUCCAAUGCUAUGAUGCCCUUUCAUGGAUUUCCUAAACGUCACUUCGCAAUACCUUGUUUGCAUAAAGCUUUCACGGCAUUAAAGCCAUCAAAGAAACAAAAGACAGAAGCGAGCAGUCUCACACAAGUCCUAGGAGUUUUCGAUGUGUCGAAAGGACUUCAGUUUUAUUCUGUGGAUGUUUCUUCUGUAAUUCAAAAGAAGACAGAGCUUAUGACUUCCGUUCUACAAUCUGUGAGUCUGAGCCCAGUAAAAGCUUCUUUCCAGCUUGAUUACUCGGCUUUGGUGCGGGACUUGGAUUUUAUGUGCGAUAUGUUUUUUCAAGACUGUGGGGGACAUGUCGAUAAGAACGCGGAGGAUCUACACUUGGAAAGUAAAUUCGCUGCUAUUGGUCUCAGAAAUACUAUUGCUGUAGCAUACAAGCUAUGCUCUCACCCUGGUUCCUCGUCAGAUCAUACAAAAUCUACUGUCCAGGGCUCUUCAAGUGCAAUAAUGAAACUCCCAUACCAUGCAAAUGGGUUGUCGUCCGUCGAAACGAGAAGCGACACAAAUACGUCUGUGAACGAGAACGCUUUACCUUACGCCAAAAGCUUUAAUCCUUUGUUUGUCGUCCAUACAGCUGAAGGAUUCGCAUUUCUGGUGAGCACGAUAGUCAACCAGCAAGUAUUUGAAGAAUAUGCAGUCGCGUGGGAGAAAACCACGAACGUCAAACCGCGCUUCACGGCUGAUUUCGAACAAGAUUCAGAGGAAGCACGUAUUUUUGACGAAAAACUAUUGAAACGAUCUCACGCAUUAGAGUCGCUUCUGUAA